AUGGAUGAAUACAAGAAAAAGAAAUCUAAAAGACAUUCUUGUGAAUUUUCAGACAGUGAGCAGCAAUAUAGCACUAAAAUACAAAAUGUAGAAGGAAGGUUGAAAAAGAAAAAAAAGAAAUCUAAAAGACAUUCUUGUGAAUUUUCAGACAGUGAGCAGCAAUGUAGCACUAAAAUACAAAAUGUAGAAGGAAGGUUGAAAAAGAAAAAAAAGAAAUGUAAAAGAUAUUCCUCUGAAUUUUCAGACAGUGAGCAGCAAUAUAGCACUAAAGUAGAAAUUGUAGAAGGAAGGUUAAAAAAGAAAAAAAAGAAACAUAAGGAUAAUCAGGUGGAUGAGGAAAAAAAUGACAAUAAAGAUUGCAAUAGCUAUGCUGCUAAGAAUGAAUUAAAGUGUGUGGAGGAAGUGUCACAAUUGUAUCACAAUGAGCCAGUGUCAGACUGUAUAGAAAGUAACAAUACUUUUAAUGAAAAGAAAAGAAAAAAACAUAAAAGAAAAAAAUCCAUACAUUGUGACACUCAAGAACAUAAUGGUGACAUAGAUGUUGAAACUGGUUUAUGUAAGAGUAGAUCAAAGAAGCGCAAAUUGGAUCAUUAUUUAUCACCCGACAGCAAACUGUGUGAGUCAGUGAAUGAGACAGCUGGUAAUGUUAUGAAAGACUGUAACUGCUCAUCAGAACAAAGUAAAAAGAAAAAGGAAGCUGGUUAUUCUGGAAAAGAACAUUAUUUAAAUGAAUUCAUUGGUGAUAGCAUUUACAAAAAAAAGAAUAGAAAAAAUAAGCACAUUCCUUUCCCAGUUACAACUUGUGAAGGGAAUAGCAAUUUGAACAAGACAAAUGAGUUGAAAGAUGGUCAUCAUUUAACAUUUUCUGAAAUAGAUAAAGAGGAUUUAACAGUAUUUGAUGAAUAUUCAACUAAAAAUAGGAGUAAGUUCUUUAAUAAGAAUAACCUAUCCAAUAGGGAUACGAAUUCUGAUACUAGCAAUGUACCGUGUGCAGUGAAAGAUCAAGAAAAGAGUUCAAGUCACUGUGAUAGAAAUGACAUGUGGCUUUCUGAACAUUAUGACCUUAUGUCUGUGGACAGUUUUGACUAUACUGAUGAUGACUAUGCUGUGCCAUAUUGUUCAAAAAGAAGGAAGGCUGAGGUAAAAAAAAAUGAAAAUUUAUUUGAAAAUAAACAUAAUUUACCACUUGAAGAUGAACUUAGUGAGAGUGAAGAAAGUGACAGUUCAGAUAAUGUUAUUGCUCCUUUAUAUGAUGCAUCAUAUGAUAAUGUGGAAGAGAAUCCUGAUUCUAGUUUAAAAAAAAAACGUUUGCCUGGUUUACAAAAUGAACUCUAUUAUCCGACUUUAGAAGAAAUGCUAUACAAGCUUCCAGAAGGAGAGGGGAUUCCUUCUGAAGAAAUUGAAGAAAUUCCUGAAAAACAUCAACACUGGAAGAAAGUCCGGGAAAAACUUAAUGAUAAUGCUUUUACUGAGGAAGAGAUAGAACAAGAAAUAAUGGAUACUAUUAAGCACAUUCAUGACUAUUUUGCAAGGCUUGAGGCAGGCAGUCUCACAGAGAAGGAACUGGAGGAAGUGAAACCGAAGAACUUUCAUGGACCAUACUUUCCAACACCUAGACAUAUAAGGUCUAGCAGUGUUUCUGGUCCAGUUCUAGCAAGUCGAUGACUAACCUUGGAAUGA